AUGGGUCAAGACAUAACCGAAUUGAAAGCUUUUAAGGAAGAAGUAAAUUCUAACUUGCAAAACCAAGGAGCUGCCAUCCAGAAGCUAGAAAAUCAAAUUGUGUAUUUGUCUAAGCAAACCCCUGGGCCAAGCGUUUCUCAUGCUGCCAAGGCUAUUGCAAGGGAAGAAUGUAAGGUCAUAACCCUCAGAAGUGGAAAGAAGCUAAAGGAGAUCUCAAAGGAAACCACAGAGGAUGAAGCAAAGGAAAAUGUGAGAGACAAGGAACAUGGACAAUCUUUUAAAGCAAAGGAAAAUGAGAGAGACAAGGAACAUGGACAAUCUUUUACACCGUCUGCAACAAAAGAAAAAGAAAAAGAGGUCCUGAAGCCUUAUACACCCAAAGCACCAUAUCCUCAACGUUUGAUGAAAAGUGAAAAGGAUGGCCAAUUCUCCAGAUUCUUGGAGAUUUUCAAGAAGCUUCAAAUCAACAUUCCUGCCAUCAUUCAACAUAAAUUGCCUCAGAAAUUGAAGGAUCCAGGCAGUUUCCAAAUCCCCUGCAUCAUAGGAGAAGUCAUGGUGGAGAAGGCCUUGUGUGACUUAAGGGCCAGUAUCAAUUUGAUGUCUCUAACAAUGAUGAGAAGAAUGAAGAUUGAGGAAGCCAAACCAACAAGAAUGGCCCUCCAACUGGCAGAUCGAACUUUUAAAUUCCCUCAUGGGAUAGUUGAGGAUUUGUUGGCAAUGAGCUAUCCAUCAGAAUCACUAAAAUUCAAGGCAGUGAGUUAUCCAUCAGAAUCACUAAAGGAAUGCAUGAGGGUGGAUGUAGUGGACAUUGCAUUACAAGAAACCUUUGAGGAAACAACAAAGGAAGUGGCAGAGGAGGAGUUCACCAAGGAUAUUGAAGUUAGUGACAUCAAGGCUGCUGAAACAACCAUACCAAGCAUGCCUGAGAGAGUGAAAAAAGAGAAGGAAGCACCAAAACCUGAGCUCAAAGCAUUGCCCCCUAAUCUCAAGUAUGCAUACUUGGGUAGUGAUGAGAGCCAUCCUGUUAUCAUUAGCUCUGCCCUGAGCCAAGAACAGGAAGAAAAAUUGAUCAAGAUGGGAGACUGCCUCGGCCCCUACGCCGGCAUCGCUAUCUCGAUAAGCAGGAGACUACCACAGCCCUUGCCCGAGGCGCAUAGCAACUUACCAAAUUAA